GACAUGCGGGUCAAGUAUGUAAACAUAAACAUGUAAACAUCUUUGUGCACGCAGCAGAGUGUAAACAUUCCUGUAUACACACAUGCACCAUGUAAACACAUUACAACAUAUAGACAUGCAGUAGGUAAUCAUUACUACGCGUGUAAUGUACAUCUGUGAUCUGUAUUACUUCAAUAGAAAAUCUCCUUACAUCGCCAUAAGAGAACUUCAGUCCAGAUGAUGAUGAUGAUGAUGAUGAUGAUGAUGAUGAUUUUUAGACGCACUUCUAAUUGCUUUGUCUGGAGUCAAACUGACAAACACUGCGCCAGGCAGCAGGCCUUACAUGGAAUAAAAUACAUUUAUUAAGAAAAUGUAUCGAUGACAGAUCGAAGACCGUGGCGAGACAAAGCCCGCUAUGAGAUAAUUGCUAAACAAGUCAUUAGGAGAACUACUUUGACAACUUUUAUGUCACGGCCUCAGCUGGCCAUCAGUUGCAACAGAGAGUCGGACACCGAGGCCAACGCCAUCUUGGUGCUCAACAAGGGGAGGUAAUGUUUACACCAAAAUAAACCCCGGUAAUCAACGAUCCUUCCAGCACACCCCCUCGGACUGUUUUCCUUUUUAUUAUCCUGUAAACAUACUUAAUGGCUGUCAUCAAAAUGUCAAGAAAAUUUUGUGCGAUUGCUGGAGUCGGGUAGAAUAAAAGCAGGUCAACGGGUGGGUGAGCCCCGACAUCAAGCAACGAUGCUUUAGAAAUAGAAAAAGAGUGAGUGAAUGAGAGAAAGGCUGAGCGGGAAGGAGAGAGAAGAGGUUUGUGAGGACGACAGUGUCAAUAAGAGCAGUUAUCGAUGUGACCCUCCGAGGGUCAACAAAUAUCUCACUGAAGCACGAGCUACACUCGUAGACAUGAGCAUCUCUAGAGUUUGUAGAUGACAAGGGGCAGACAUAGACACACAUGGUCAUAAGGGAGGGAAGAGAAGGGAGAGAUGGAGGAAAGGAAAGUUGGAGGAACAGAAAGAGAAAGAGAACUUUUGAUAAUUGCUCUCUCACUAUUUGAUUAUCCUGACUUAAAGUUGUGGACUGCUUCCGCAAGUUCACGGACAUGUGAAGAAUUGUCUUUUUAAUUUUCCUUGAAAAAAAUCCCUUUGAGACACACGACAGUCACACCGCAGGCCGAGCUUAGGUUCAUGUUGAUGAUGCUGGCGAGAUGAUUAGUUGUGGAGGCAGAGAGAAGGUGGUAGAGGGACUUACACACAGAAGGGACUUAGUCUUCAGAUCACGUUUGGGGAGGAUUUCAACACGGAUGUGGACCUGAAGCACAACUAAGUACAGCAACGGGAACUACAAUCAACAACAUUAAAAACAGGAUAGAAUAUCAAAAACAAUAAAUAACAAAUUUAAAAACAAGAAACAACAUUAAAAAUAAACAUUCCACAAGAGAGGAAAGAUAAAAGAAAAGGAAAAAAGAAUCUGACUGAAAGGAUUGAAGAUACAGUAGCUUAGAAGGGAGAAGGUGGUGAGAGGAGAGAGGGAGGGUGAGAGUGAACUUUACUGCUGAGGUCAUUGAGCCACCACAAUGGCUUAAACAAGAAUGCAGCUAUACAGGUAAAAAUGAGCAAAAGUAUUUCACAGCAAAUAGUUUAUAAUGUAUCUCUUGCCUGCUAGACAUGAGUGCAAGUGUAUGAGAGAGAAGAAAAGAAAGAGAGAGAUGAACACCAGCAGGAAGACGGGUUAGGGACAGACAUUCAGGUCCUUAUCAUGAUCUGGUGUCAGCUACAAGUCUUGCGACACAUUCUCUUGCAUGCUGGGACAAGUUGCAAGGGCAGAUUUACCCCAGUAGUGGAGUUAUUUACUCACCUGAUUACGCACAGCAUUGACUUCCCCUGUCUUCCAUUCCACUAAUCCUUCUAAUGUGCGGGCAUUCAGUCCUUGCCAGCUGCCCACACAGCACUGGCUGGCGCUAGGCAAGCUCGGGUAGUCUCCACCACCCCGUUACCUAGGAUACUCAUUUAAAAAAACAAGAAAAAUGCCUGUAGCCAUCAGCCCGGGUACGAGUUGCUGGAUUGGAGAUUUGUAACUUUGAAAAAAGGAAUAGAGAAAGUUUCCAUGUAUAAGAGGAGACGAGAAACCAGGUAAGAUUACAGGUGUUCCAGGCUCCUCAUGAAACCUCAGCGACUGUUUUCCCUCCGAAACAUCAUGGCGCCGUGUAAUUGCCGCUACUGGUCACGUGUCACCAAACGACGCAUGCGCGCCGCCGCCGGCGUCGGAGCCAUCUGCCUCUUCCUGCUUUUCUUCCUCCUACAGAGUGAAGUCCCUUGCCAACAAGAUGGCUGCCAGAGCAGCGAGAGGGCGGGCCGCGCCGUGCAAGACAAAUCCUCGUUCGUGACGUCAUUUCCCGUGCGGCAGUGGCGGAACUCCUCCACGCGGAGAAUCCUCCGCUGGACGGGCUUCUUCGAGGACAAGUCAUGGGAGGAAACGGACGACCGCUACUUUGCCUCGUGUCCGGAGUCUCGGUGCACCAUGACCAACGACCGCUCGCUGCUCCUUCAGAGCGAUGCCGUCCUCCUGCACGCAGGCGCCCUCCUCAAGUUCUUCCGCAGCUUCCCUUUACCACACCAGCGAACACCUGAACAGGUGUGGAUCCUGCACAACGUGGAGCCACCUACACGGACGCCACUGGACCUCAAACGCUUCAACGGCCUCAUCAACUGGACGGCCAUCCAUCGUCUGGAUUCAGACGUACCCGUUCCUUACGGCGGGUACAUCAAGUACCCAUCAGGGGACAGGUAUGGACAGAACCAGUCGGUGAACUUCGCCCGCCACAACAUCCGCUUCGCCGCCUGGAUGUCCAGCAACUGCUACGACUACAACCGACGCCAGCUCUUGAUACGUCAGCUGAAGAAGCUGCUAGGUGGGGACCUUGACCUCUAUGGAGCAUGCGGAGGAAAGAGAUGCCCGGAGACCAUCUGCUUCGACACCAUCUCCAACUACAAGUUCUUCUUCGCGAUGGAGAACGCCAACUGCCGCGACUACAUCACCGAAAAGUUCUGGAGUGCGCUGAGCAGAAGACAGGUGCCCGUUGUUCUGGGAGGAGCAUCCAGUGAGGAUUAUCGAAAAGUGGCGCCUCCCAAUUCCUUUAUACACAUCGGCGAUUUCCCCAACCUGGAGCAACUGGUGGCUCACCUGCGGAAGGUGGGUGCCGACGAAGACGCUUACAACGGUUACCUGGCCUGGACUCGUCACUACGACGUGUACAGCGAGCUGCCGGCGCGACGCCGAUGGUGGUGUGACCUUUGUCAGGCGCUACACGACAGCACCAGACCUGCCCAGGUGUACACCGACCUGCACGAGUGGUACAACGACGACACCUGUCCUCAGUGGACGCUGAUGAACCAGGUGAGGCGAGUUGUUGACGGCCUGAAGAUCAAGCUCGGUGUGUUAUAGAAGAACAAUUGUUGGCAGACACACUUUGUGGUGAGACACUGAUGGUGAUGACAUUCACACUGAAGUGAACUGGUCGCAAAGACAGGACAUCGGUUGGCCAUGAGUCAGUCACAAUCGACUGAGUUUAUUCUGUCAAUAAUAUUCACAAGCUACAAAAGCUCAGUGUCACCAUCACCAACGUUCUUUGGUGACUGCCACACUGUCAUCAGCAAAACAGAAGAUGAUUGGCUGGAAGCUAACAUAUCAAACAUAAUGUGAUCUGAUGGGUUAAUUAAUAUUAAUUAAUAUUUCAGAAAAACUGUUUUCUAGGGCUCAGGUGAGUGAUGUUUUAUAUUUUUGAAUCUGUGCAUCACGUGAAGCCGCUUACAACUUGCACAAAAUGUGCAAAUGAAGGUACAUGGGAGUCAGCAAUCGACUGUACAUGGGUUCUAUUGAGCAUUGAACAACAUUUCGCCCUGUUUAUGGGCCCGUAUGCAUAUUGAAUUUUUAGUUUUGUUAAAUGUGUUGUGAUACAUUGCUUAUUUCAAAGAUCUUUUAUUUUUUCAGCCUUUGGGCAAGGACGUCCGUGAUGGAAAUGGUCAUUCAUGUUGUAUGACAACUGUCGUGAAUGUGUUUGUAUCGUGAUCUCAUUUCUUGUUUUGUAAACCACAUUUUUACUGGUAAUGUGUCAACAUGAUUGUGUGCCAAGUCCCAGCAACAAAAAGAGAUAACCUCGCCGCCUUUUAUAAUACUAGAAGCCCUUUUAUUUUUCUAAGACAUCGCUCCAUUCAUAUGUGUAUAAAAAAUAAAAACAAACAGCUAUUUUAUUCUAAGCUGCGUAAGAUUUUUUGUACAAAAAAACUCAAAUUGCUAAAUGGACAAAAUAAAGAGAUAUUUUUGAUGAGCAUGUCCAGCUUGGAGAUAUUUUUUGUAGAUAUUUCUAUAUUUCUCUAUGGUCAAAAGAGGCUUUAAAAGACAAUGUCAAUGUAGUCAGAAAGGGGAAUCUUUAAAAGCUUUAAUUGUGUAUUGAAAAUUCCCCUCAUCCACAGUUUUGUGGAAAUGUCUAAAAAAAGAAUCUCGUUGCCUUGUGAGACUAUCAACAGCCCUAUCGCCGUACCUAAGCCUUUUUUUUGCGUGGUGUGCAACACUCGGCCGUUGUUCAACUUUUUUUCUACAUUUUGCCAACUUUAAAAAAAAAAUCAAGAUUACGGCCAUUAUUUGUAAACUUUUAGUUAAAAUGUUUAUACAUAUCACACACAUGUAUAUAUUUAUAUCUAUUUCAUAUUAUAUAUGCAGCAGUACCAAACGUUGUUUGUAAUAUUUUUCCAUGCGAUUUCUGGGAUUGUAUUGUCAACUUUGGAUCCACCACUUCAACUAAAUAAAGCAUUUUAAAUGCA